UGAAUGUCACUUGACCGCCGAUUCCACUGUCCACCACCAUCACUGUAACCAUCCUACCGAUCCGAUCAGCCGUGUGAAUUUAUCAACUGCGUGGACCUAAUGACAACGAUGCACCGCCGUCUUACUGAACUGAGAGAAACUCUGGAAUCUGGAUGCAAGUGACAAGCGGCAAGCGGAAUCAAAGCUCUUGGGAUAGAGACAGAGCCUGCCAACGAAACGAAUACCAAAUCCUGACCAGCAACACGAAGCAAUGAAGCUGCUGGGUAAAUACGUGGACAAGGGCAUGCAGGGAAAUGUGACCCUGAUGCCGGAGGAGUCGGAGGACAUGUGGCAUGCCUUCAAUUUAAUAUCAGAAGGAGACAGCGUGCGCAGUACCACUAUUCGCAAGGUACAGAAUGAAACGGCCACGGGCUCCUCCACCAGCAGUCGGGUCCGCACAACUCUAACCAUUACCGUGGAGAGCAUAGAUUUCGAUACACAGGCAUGCGUGCUCAGGUUAAAAGGACGAAAUAUCGAAGAAAACCAGUACGUCAAGAUGGGUGCCUAUCACACCCUCGACUUAGAGCUUAAUCGCAAGUUCGAGCUACGCAAACCCGAGUGGGACAUCAUUGCUUUGGAGCGCAUUGAAAUGGCUUGCGACCCGACACAGUCGGCGGAUGUGGCUGCUGUGGUGAUGCAGGAAGGACUGGCUCAUGUCUGCUUGAUCACCGCCAGCAUGACGCUGGUGCGCAGCAAGAUCGAGGUCUCUAUUCCGCGCAAGCGCAAGGGUAGCGUCCAGCAACACGAAAAGGGUCUGGCCAAGUUUUACGAGCAGGUCAUGCAGAGCAUCCUGCGGCAUGUUAACUUCGAUGUGGUAAAAUGUGUGCUGAUUGCUUCGCCGGGAUUCGUGCGAGACCAGUUUUACGACUACAUGUUCCAGCAAGCGGUUAAGAUGGACUAUAAGCUGCUGCUGGACAACAAGAGCAAGUUCAUGCUGGUCCAUGCUUCUUCGGGAUUCAAGCACUCCUUAAAGGAGGUUCUUCAAGAUCCCGCCGUGCUGUCAAAGAUGUCCGACACUAAGGCAGCUGGCGAGGUCAAAGCCUUGGAGCAAUUUUACAUGAUGCUGCAAUGCGAACCCGCCAAGGCCUUCUAUGGCAAGAAGCACGUCCUCCAAGCCGCCGAGUCCCAGGCAAUCGAAACGCUGCUCAUCUCAGACAACCUCUUUAGAUGCCAAGAUGUUAAUCUUAGAAAGGAAUAUGUAAAUCUGGUUGAAUCAGUUCGGGAUGCUGGAGGCGAGGUUAAAAUCUUUUCCAGCAUGCACAUCUCAGGAGAACAACUUGCUCAACUGACUGGAAUAGCGGCUCUCCUACGAUUCCCGAUGCCCGAGCUGGAGGAUAGCGAUGAUGAUGAUGACGAGGAUGGAGCGGCGGGCGGGGCAGAUAGCGACUAGGUUCAUAAAUAGGAUAUAAACAUGAAAGAAGCUUGAUGGAAUCUUGGCAUUUGUUAAUGGAAAUAACUGACUUAGGAACUCAGCUAGCGAUCGAUAUACAAGUAGACUAAUAGGAACCACGACAGACUUGGACGUCAGGGCAUAUACAAUAUAUAUAGUGCUAAUUCGAUACGAUAUACACACAAAUAAUUCUUUAAGUUUACCCGUGGCUGGGCCUAGGAAAUCAUAGUCAGAAUCCCACCAUUUUCUGGACUGAAAAAAGCCACUUAAAAAAUAAUGUUCUAUACUUUGUGUUCAAUGAAAUGGCCACAAUAUUAUUAGCUUUUAUUGAUUUAUUGCUUGGUACGAAAUUUAGUUACUGUUAACAGUCGCGUUUAUAGUUAAUAUCAAUUAUUUGAUACAAAUUGUAUACGUUGUUCUAUGCACUUAAAUUCAUUGUUCAUUAAUUUGUAAAAGGCAAAACAGAGUUUACAAAAAUAUACAAUAAUAAACAAUCAA